UCAGAGUUUCAGAUCUCUGUGGGCAGUGUGAGGAAAAGGAGACCCGAACCAUAGGACACUGUGUAGGGAUCAAGAUUGGCAUUAAACAUGUUGUAUGUAAGGAGAGGGUUUGGGGAUGAGAAAAGCCAACUAAAUGAAUUAAAUAAACGUUUGGACCAGUACCUCUCUAGAGUGAGGCAGCUUGAAGCAGAGAACCAGGUACUGGUGGAAGAAAUCCACAGACUUCGCCAGGAAAGAGGUGAGGAGUGGACGCAGGUUUACUACAAUGAAUUUUGCCAGCUGAGGAGACAAGUGGAGGACCUGAGCGUACAGAAAUGUGAAGCAGAACUACAGAAGGACAACCUUUGCCAAGAAAUUCAGGACCUGCAAGAAUUAUGGGAGCAAGUGAGGACCAUGAGACUCAAAAUUGACCAGCAGAUACAACUUUACAAGCAAGAUCUGCAGCAAGCAAAAAGUAACCAGGCAGCAUUGGAAGGACUGUAUUUUCGUCUCCAGCAAGAAUGUCAUAUCCUUCAAACUUCUCAAAAAGAGGAAAUAUUUGCCUUGAGAGAUCAGGCUCUUCAGUCUCCUUUGCAGAUUACUAUGCAGGAGGUUGUACGACCCAGGCUGAGCAUAACGGAUGUACAGACCUUGUCCUUGGAGCUUUCAGAAUCCUGGAAGGAGACUUACAUGGUCUACCAGAAGAAGAUUGAGGAAUUAGAGAACACGCUAAGGUUGGAUGUAGAAGACCGUCUUGGGGUGGAGGAGGAGGUCAGAGUACAGAAACUACAGUUAGAGGAAUUGCGCAGAGAAUACGAUGAGCUCCUGGGAAUCCAGAAGAUACUGUCAAAGGAGCUGUUGAGGAUGAAAGAGAAGUACAGGCUGGAGGUGGAGGAGUACCAGAUCAUAAUAGAAGAGUUGGAGAAUGAAAAACAGACUAUUACUAUAAUCAUCACUGAGCGUCUCAAGGAUUAUCACGAUCUGGCGCAAGUGAAGACAGGACUCAGCCUGGAAGUGGCUGCUUAUAGGGCACUGCUGGAGGCAGAAAGCAAAAAGGGUACAGUGAUCUGGACAGAACAUUCAGUGAGGGACAGACCUGCAGGAUACGUAACAUCAGCCUUUGAGGAAUCAACAAAAUACUCUCACAGAGGAACUGAAUACCCAAUUACAAGACGUAAAGAAGAAAUAAGAAGAAAAAUAGACACCACAAAUGUAGACAGAUUCCUAACCCGUACUGUACCACAACAACAACAAAUUAGGUCAAAAUAUUCAAACCUGGCUAAUGCAAGUAGAGAUUAUGUAUCACAUGUAUAUGAAAAUACAACUCAAGACAAAAGUAGAAGAUGGGAUACAGGUUUUCCUUCCAGAUAUGACAUAUCAAACAAGAGCGAAUUCCUACAGUCUUCAUAUCGCCCAGUGCAACCUACAGUUAGAACAACAUUUUCACCAACCCAGUCUACAUUCAUUAGUGAAACAUGGAAAGAUGAGAAAGUUGAAGAUCUUAAACCAGUGGCUCGCCCAAGAACUCAUUCCAAAGAGGCCAGAAAAGUAGAUUUACAUAAUAGGAUAGGAGACAGAAAACAGGAAUCAAUCCAAAAGACUUUAGAAACAAAAGUAACGGAAGAAAGUGAAGUAACAUCAAAGCCUUUCAAAGAAAUACAACAAACCUUGGAAACUAAUUUCCAGUAUACAAAAAAAGAUAAAGUGAUCAGUGAAGAAGCAGCAAGUGUAACAGAAUCAGUGAAGGAAGAGAUGAUUCAGGAGCCUAAACCACAAGAGCUUCCUGUGAAAAAAGAAAGGAAGAAAAGGGAACAAGCUAAAAAAAGAAAGGAGGAGCUAGAAAAAGUAGAUGACAAUGUUGCAGCAGAGUCUAAAGUUGACAUACAUGAGACCACUCAUGUGAGGAAAACAGCAGAAACAGAUCAACAAAUUGUAUUAGAGAUACCAAUAAAACUGGAAACAAGAAAAGCUGAAAACAGUGCACAAAAAAGUUACAUGGAGGAUAAAGCACAAGGAAAUAUUAGCCAUACAUAUCGGAAUGACAAAAAUACUUUUCUAGGAAAUAUAGAUAUCCCUUAUUCGGUCGAGAAGAAACAACAGGACUCUGAAUUCAAAACAACUAUAUUUGGAGAAAGUAUUCAGGGAGAACAAGUAGUCCUGGAUAUUCCAAUACAGUAUGAAGACAAGAAAAGAGAAGUUAGAUUAGAAAUAGAGAAUGGGGGUCAUGCAGAACACACAAGGCUUUCAGGAACUAAAACUAAUAUAAAUGAAGACGAUACUUUUCCAAAAAACGAAGAGACAAUCAAAGUGAAUGAAAAGUAUGAAGGUGAUGCAAAGUGCACAGUGGAAUCUGAAUCGUCAGGCAGUUCAUCAGAACACAGUGGAAAGAAAGCUAUGGUUGCAGAUAUUCUAAGACAGUUUGGUCAACCCACUGCUCUAGAUGAUUCUAACGUAACCUACAUGGAAAAGGAGGAGCAAUGUGGUGAUGGCUUUGUAAAAACACACAUCUUUGUGGAGUCUAAAACAAAAGAAGAACUUGAUUUGUUUGAUGAACCUGAUCUAAGAGAUAUAUGGAACACAACUACCCAGUCACCAUCAAAAACUGUACCAGGAUCAACUGAUAGCUUGCCUGAGGAAAUAGAAGGGAAAACAACAAAGAAAACAAUCUUGAAAGAUGUUACCGGAGCACAAGCAGAAGAAUGGAUAGGAAAUGUAAUACACUCUGGACUAAAGACAGGGACAGGGAAGUCAAUUAAUGUUGAGAUAGUUGAGGAAUCAUUUGGAACAUUUGAAUAUGAGAAGGGAGAAUUACCAACCCCAUUUCAUGUGGAAGAAGCAGAUACCUACAAUAUUGAAGAAUCAGCCACUUCUGAACAACAUUCCUCAAUACCACUAGAAAAGCUACAGGAGGACACUCAGCUCAGGGAAGGUCCAUCUAAAGUUGAAGAAGUAACAGAGGGUGAGCAUGCUGAUGAGGAAAUAGAUUACUUUGUUUAUGAUCCUGAAGAUAAUCCAUACCUAGGAGAUGAGGAGGAGGAAGAGGAGCUUUUACGAGGACAGAUUCACACUGAAGAAGAAUCUCAACUUAAGUAUUCCUGGCAAGAUGAGUUCCUACAAGGAUCCCAGGGUCGUAAGAGUUUGAGUGAGCUUCUUAAAAAUGCCAUGGCUGCUGAGCAAAGCACAUCUGAUAAAGAUACUUCUGAUGAAAGUGGAAAAAGUUUGAGUAAUGAAGACAGAAAAGAUCAGUCACACACUGAAAGUGUUACAAUUGAGAGAAAGAUUGAAGUGCCACAAGAAAUGAAGUCAUCAAUCAUUGAUCUUUUGUCAAGAGAUGUUAAAGAUCCACAUGAAAAACUGAAAGGGGCAUUGGACUGCCUACAAGGAAAACUUCCACAAGACCUUGUUGAUGAACUGUCAGCACUAGCUGGAGAGGAACAAACACAAAGCAGCAGUUUGGCAGUGGAUAUAAAAAAAGUUGGACAAACUGGAGAAAGUGGUAUGGUUACAAUUGUAGCAGAAAUUAAUGUAUCACAAACAGUAGACACUGAUGAUAUAGAUAUGUUAGAGCUGGUUAAGGAUGUCCAGAGUGAGGAGGCAACCAUACACUUAAAAUCAACUGAUGACUUAAAAUCUUUCCUGCAAACACAAAAUGAAAACUUUACAUUAGCAAAAGAGUCUGAUAACUACCAGGAAUUGGAUCACUCUGUCGCCAUAGGAGCAAAUAAUGGUGAGGAACAAUACAGUGAAGAGAUUAGUAUUAAAGGGCCAACUACCACAAGUAUCCAUAUCAGUCCUACUAUAGAACUAUCUACAGGACAAAUCUCCACUGAUAGAAGCAAGUUCAUAAAACACAUCGAACUUAGCACUCAUGAGCAAGUCACACAUGAGGAAACAGGAUCUGAACAUGGCUCAGCUAGUGAACUGUCUCCAACAGAAAUAAACAGGUCUGAGCAUCACUUUAAAAUUGGGCCCAGGGAAAUGCUCUCUAAGAAGCAGAUAAUCUUUGAGGGCCCUGUUUCAGAUACACUUAAAUUGGACAUAGUGCAAAAUACAGAAGACACCUCAGAUCAAAACAAAUCUAUUAGACAUAUCAAAAUAAGUCCAACAGAAAAUUUCCCAGCAGAACAGAUUAUAUUUCAUGGACCUAUUUUUAAAACAGCGGGUAUUGGCCAUAAUAUCACAGAAGGAUUAUCCAUUAAAGAUGACAAUUUAAGCCAAGUUCAUCAGAAAUUGGUUUUUAAGGAAAACCAGAGUGGAGAUCAAGAGAAAUGUAAUGAUAAUAUUGCUGGCGCAAGUAAAACUGUUUCAACUUUUAAGAUCAACUCUAGUGACACAAGUAAGGAAAUUUUCUUGGAAGGAUCAAUUCCAAGACCUAAUGAUCUUAAUAUCACUUUAGACACCAAUGAUAAUGAUAAUCCUAUUGAAUUUAACUUUGCCACUCAAAAAGUCCAAGUAGCAAAACAAGUUAAAUACCAGGGUUAUCUUUCUGGACCACAGUCACCUGAAGAAACUGAGAGCUUUGUUCAGUCGAAAGAUCAGUCCAGCAUCAAUACAUCUGUUCACCACAUUAAAUUAAGUCCAAGCAGAGAGCAAAUUGUUUUUGAAGGCCCCAUUUCACCAAAUUUUCAAAGCAGAGGUGAAGAUGGUUCCCACAUGGAAGAUAAAAACAGAUAUAUUAGGCAUAUCCAGCUAGGAUCUCCUAAUAGUCAAACCAUAGAACAUAUUACUUUAGAAGGACCAACUAGAGAAUCCUAUGAAUCAUCAGAGUAUGUUGUUUCAUCUCCAUCUGGGGAUUCCACCGAGAGUGAGAGGUCAAUUAGACACAUUAAAUUGGGUCCAACAGAGAAGUCAUUCACAUUUCAAAUGGAUAUAACAAAAAUUGCCACAAAACAUACAGGAGAAGUAGGAGCCCAAGAAAGUAGUAUGGUGAUUACAUCUAGUAAGACAGAAGGAAAGCAAGAACUGAGCCAGUCAUACAGUGAAUCAAAGGAUGGUUCAGAGGUGGCAGAGAGUGGAUAUGGCGAGGAAGAAAUUGCUGGUAUCUCUCAGCUUCCUUAUAAUAUCACAUCCCAGCACUUCAUUGGUGAUAUGUCAGAAAUUGACAAAAGUGUGCAGCUGCAAAGAAUGGUCCAUCAGGGUCACAUGGUCUCCGAUGAUAAAAAAGUGGCGGUCGUUUACCUUGAUGAUGACGAAGAGGAGCCUGAUUAUUUACGUCGUUCGUUUUAAAAAAUCAAUAUAUGCAAGGAUAAUGAAUGCUAAGAACUAAAUAUAUAUUUGUUGAUAUGUGCAUUGCAAAAUCCACUGACAAGAGUAUUUGGGGGCCCUUUAUACGAUCAGACAGUCUUAAUGCAUUGUCUUCAGUUCUGUAUUUAAUGUGCUAGUCAUUCUAUAGCUGGAUCAGUCGCAUGUUUAUCCAAGUCAUUUUAGUAAUCAAAUGAAUCAGAGCUAUAGGGGAGAAAACUACCAAUUUAUACAAAUAAUAGCCUAUAAAGAGAUGGGCCGUCAAGUUCAAGUUUUCUCAUGAAAUGAAAUGGGUCAAGUGUGUGGACCUAGGUGGAUUUUAAGGAACUAAGAAGGAAAGUUCGGCACUGGUCUGCCGCCUAUUCAGCUGUUAUUGGAGGAGUUAAAGGAGGAUUUCCAUGUAGAACUGAUGCGCUGUUUGAUUGCUAUACACCAGGACACUACAUGCAGGCACUACAUUUAUUGUACCGUACCUCAUAAUUGUCCCCCUCAUUUGCUUAUUAGUUCCUCAUUGAAUUUGACAGAUUUAGUCAACACAAGCCAUUAUCAUGGUGAAUAUGAAUAAAACAUGGCAACAGACCCAAGAUCAGUUUGCACAUUUCAAAAUCACUAUGAUCUUCGAUUAGAAGAUAUGGCUUCUGGACUGGGGUAGCUGGCGUGAAUCACCAUUUUAUUGAAGGCAUGUCAGGUAGAAAUUCCACAUUUACGGCACAGCCUAUGAGAAAUGUUUCCACAUUUUCCAUUGGACAGACUAGAGGAGAGUAUUGACUGUGAUUGUUUUGCCCAAUAAGAUGAUUAGCCUGAUAAUAAAGUUAGAUGACCUUAUUAUAACUACCGAAAAAGCCAGAUAUUACUCAAAAGAAACUUUACAAUAUGUUGUAUAAUGUCUAAAGGUCCCUUUACACUGGACAACAUAGCAGCAGCGAAGCGUUCCUUCCUGACAAUCGCCUGCUCAUCAGCAGAGGAGAAAGCUGCAUUGAAAUGUAGUGAUCUCCUCCACAGCAUGAGGAGGAAUGAUCGCUUGUUCAUCGGCGGUAAAUUAACAACCCCAGAUAAUCGCUAACAAGCGUUCUUAUGAAUGCUCGCUAGCAAUUAUCUUUGGGAUUCUUGGCUUGUGUAAAGGUCCCUUAAGGAUCAGAACCUGAAUUAAAAGAUAAGCAGAUACUUUUCUGUCUCUCCUAGAGCUGAAGAUCUCGAGCUCCACAACAAUUGCUGAGAAGACAGCACUGAUUACAAUACAGUGUAGGUUUCUUGAUCUCUCCAAAUGAAGAUUUCCCCCCAAAGUGAGGACAUUCAGAUUCAGGGCUAUAGUAUCCACUAACUAGACUUUUUAAAAAAAAAUUCCAACCCCAGCCUUCUGUGCCUGUGGAAAAAGCCAUAUUCACCAGCACUCCGCCAUUCUGUUUCAGCUCCCUGGCUCCUCAUUUCUCUUCACUAGUUUUCUGAUUCUGUAAAUUUUCAGAUGGAAGAGAUGACAUGCACCAAUGUAGUGCUCAAUUGACCACUUUAUUCAGCGAAAAGUCCUACAUGCAAGCUUUUAGCUUAGCGAAGCAGGUACAGGCAGGAGCCGCUCUGUUCAGCUAAUCCUGGCACAGCAUGUUUUUACAUGGUAACCAUGUGUCAGCCUUUAGCCAACCUCAGGGGGCACAGGCAGGAGCAACAAUGUGUGCUCCUGCCCAUAUACUAUUCACUGCGUCCCCAUUACUACAGGGCAAGGAGAUGUGUCAGAGAUGUGUGAAUAUAGUGAAUACAGUUGAAAGUAGAGUACUGUAUAUUAGGAAAAUUACCGGUAUUUAAAUGGCAUUUGGGGCAUUUAAAAAAAGUUUAAUAAAAGUUUAGUUACUCUUUAAAGCCAGGAGCACUAAGAGGUCCUCUAUUUCUUUUGGAGCAUCUUAAAGGGAGUCUGUCACCACAUUUGAUCAUAUUAGA